UAAACCCUAGCCUCUCUUAAGGUGAAAAAUAGUUGCUCACUGCCGAAAACUCAAUCCAAAAGCCUCAGACUGUUGAAAGAACAAAAAAAAAUGGCGAAAUCCCUGAGGUCGAAGAAAGAGAAAAGGCUUCGGGCAAUUCGAAGAGAGAUUGUUGAACCCUUUUACGAGAAGAAAGAUGUUGCCAAACAAGCUGCUCAAGAAGCCGCUUUUUCUGCCCCUAAACUUGCCGUUCGCAACACCAAUAACACCUCCUCUAAUCUUACCAUGGAUAUUGAUAUGAAUAGUCAAGGUACGGGGCUCCUAAAACCUGUUGGUAAGAAGAUGAAAAAGAAAUUGAAGAUUGGUAAAGGGAAGAAACGCGGCAAGGGCAAGAUCAGAAAGACGCACAUUUAAGAAGUAUGUCAAUUUUAAUGGUUUAAUUUUGUUAUCAAAACCUAACUCGCUGACCCUCGUUCAAAUUACAGUACUGUUUGGUGGAAUUCAAAGCCAUGUUCUUAUUUUAUUAUGUAGCUAGUUUCUUUGAUUUCGUUCUUAGUGAUUUCCUCUAUCUGUUAUGAAAGACUUGAGAACAAUUAGGUAUAGCUAAAAAAAAUGAUAAUAGUAGUUUGAUGCUAUGUGAGUUUUGUUUCAAGCAAUAUUGUGAUUGAAAAUUUCAAGGCUUUAGUAUCGGAUAGGUAUGUUAAUUUUGAUUUAAAGACCAAUGUAAUUUUUUAAUUUUGUUUUAACCUUUUUAAGAAAAGGAAUAGUUAGGUUUAAGCAUUGAGAAGACGUGGAUAAGCUCAACCGAUGAUGAAUGAAUAGAGCUGAAGAUCAAUGGUUUUUAAAACCUGCCAGAAUGGCAUGUAUGUACUGUUGUAGCUUGUAAGAAACAAUAUUGGUCGUUUUACUCGUUUAAAACUUGGUUAAAAAUAGAACAUCAUAUUUCUGUUA